AUGAGUCAAACCGGAGAAGUUAACGAUACUAAUAAAAUAAAAGGACCAUGGGAUAAAAUAAAAAAUGUGGAGCCUAAACAGUUAAGACCUCCAAAAAAUUUAGUCAGUGGUGUAACCAUUCCUGUUUCCAUUGAUAAUUCAAAUAAUGAUAAUGUUAAAACUCAAAAUGUACAAGAAGCACAAAAUCAUAAAAUUCUUAACAGUACCUUAAAUGCUAAUGCUGCAGAAUUUAUUCCUUUAUCAAAUCAAAAUAUAAAUCAAAAUAGUACAAAUCAUGAGGAUCAAUCUCAGGAUGCUGCUGUCGAGUAUUUAAAAGAUGAAUUAAAGUACCUGAUUCUUAAUCCGGGAAAAUAUGAUGACUUAGUCCAACCUUUGUACGAAGUUAUCGAACCAUAUAUAUCAAAUCCAAAUGCUCUCCAAUUAUUUAUUACUGUAAUUAUGGAGGAGCCAAAUUUACGAUACAGUGGUGCUAGAAUAUGCAGCGAUUUAACGAAAAAGUUUGGAGUUAAAUUUAGAGAAGUUUUGUUAAAAAGAUGUCAAGAAGAGCAUACUGCAUUUGUUGAGGGUGCUUAUUCUAACGAUGUGAAUUACAUGAACAGAAUUCAGGGUUUCGGAAUGCUUUUGGCAGAAUUGUUUUUACAAAUACAAAUAGGGGAAAAGAGUAUUCCAGCACUCGGUCAAGGAUUGCUUAAAAUAUUAGAAAUAAUAUUGAAAAACGAAACGGAAAAAGGAGUCAAAUCACUAUCUGGAAGAAAGUUGGAAGAAAUCAACGAUUCGAAAUCACAAUUAGAUGAUUUAUUUAAAAAAUUACAAUCGAUUUGUAAUUGUUACGUUGACCUCGAUCCUAAUCUCAGGUUUAUCGUAACGAGCGUUAUCGAUAUGAGAGCUUCAGGUUGGGGUGAAAACACGGCACCGACAGUGACAACCGAUGAUCCAGUAUUUUUCGGUCCCGAUGGAAAAGUUAUUUCCGAAGAGGAAACAUCAUUUCUUCACGAAAGCGUACCCAUAUCAGAAGACACCGAGGAUUACGUUUGGAGUCAUCAUGUAAUGAAUAGUGUUAUGGAAAACGUAAAUCCGUUAAUGCAUGGUUGUGAUUAA